UAGUUAGAAAACAUCCAGAGAUCAUUCCGUCACUUUCUCGCAAAAUAUACGAAUGUAAAGAUUGUGAUUAUAAAGCCGUCUGGAAGUGUAACUUUAGCAGACAUAUACUGACACAUCAAGAUGCUUCUAAUUACAGACUUAGCUGUCUACAUUGCAACGCGACUUUUAGAGAAAGAAAAGCAUUGAAUGAUCAUAUAUUAAAAAAACACCCAGAGUUUGUUAAAUCUGUUAAACGAAGUAUAUACGAAUGCCCAAAUUGUCCAUAUAAAACUGACAGAAAGACUGUACUAGAUAUGCAUUUGACGACGCAUCCUGAUGCUGUUUCUAGUAUAAAGAUGAGAACGUGUCCACAUUGCAAUAAGUCGUUUAAAAAAAAAGUAUUGCUAGAUAAUCACACACUUAGAGAACAUCCAGAAUUCAUGGCAUCAGUGACAAAUAAAAUACAUCAAUGCCCAUAUUGUCCAUAUAAAAAUGUCAUGAAAGCUCCUCUAAAUAAGCAUUUGACAACUCAUCCUGAUGCUGUUUCUAGUAUAAUGUUGAGAAUGUGUAAACCUUGCAAUAAGACGUUUAAACAGAAGGCAACGCUAGAUAAUCACAUACUUAAGGAACAUCCAGAAUUCAUGUCCUCAGUGACAAACAAAAUACAUCAAUGUCCAUAUUGUCCAUAUAGAACUGUCGAAAAGGGUGGGCUAAAUAGGCAUUUGAUAACGCAUUCUGGUGCUGUUUCUGGUAUAAAGGUGAUUAAAUGUGAACAUUGCAAUAAAUCGUUUAAAAAGCAGAUAAUCACAUACUUAACGAACAUCCACAAUUCAUGGUGUCAGUGA